AUGCUUGGUGUCCAUGCUUGGUGUGGGGAUUGUCAUUCUUCUUUACUUCCUAGUCCCACUCCAGAUCUAAAGGAAGCUUGGUCCCCUCCUCCGCUGGAGUGGAUUAAGCUGAAUUGUGAUGUCAAGGUGGGAUUCGAUAGCAUGUGUAUUGCUGUUGUUGCUAGGGAUUGUGUUGGCAGAGUUCUCAGAGUUCAGACAGCUCGGGAAGAUUUUUCGGAGGCUCUUUGUGGAGAAGCGGCUGCAUGCUGCUUAGCUGUUUCUGUGGCUUUAGAAUUAGGUUGUAAGUUUGUGAUUGUGGAGAAUGACUCGAGGGUGGUUAUCAAUGCUCUAAACGGGAUGGAUUCUCGUUGGAGUCUUGAAAACUAUGUCUCAUUUUGUACUAAGUCAUCUCCUUCCUUUAUUAGUUGUAAUUUUUCCUAUGUCUCUAGAACUUGUAACUUUGCCGCUCAUAAUGUGGCUAGAUGGGCUUUUGCUCAUCAGGUGUUUGGGAAUAUCCCGGUAGCCUCGCUACCAGACAAUUUAAUUUGUAAUGACCAUGAGGUCUAA